AUGAACAACACGCAGGAGAACCAUGCUCUCGUCUUCGGCGCAUCGGGCAUCGUAGGCUGGGCGUUUGUCAACGAGUUGCUGAGCGACUACCCCAGCCCUAACUCGUUCUCAAAAGUGACGGCCUUCACCAAUCGCCGCCUCACCCCGGAGCAACAAGCUCAAUGGCCCGCCUCUGACAAACUGCACCUGGUCUCUGGCCUCGACCUGAUCAAUAACGACCAGCCAGCCGUCGAAUCUGCUCUGCAAUCGCAGGUCUCUUCGCUCGGCGUCGUGACAACCGUCUACUUCUGCGCUUACCUCUUCGACGCGGACCCUGCCCGCGAGACCGAGAUCAACAUCCGCAUGCUUCAGACCACCGUGCAGGCCCUCGAGUCCCUCUGCCCUCGAUUCCGCAUGCUCGUCCUUCCAACCGGCAUCAAGGCCUACGGCGUACACCUUCAAACUGCCUUCCCCUUCUCGCACGCGCUCCCCCUCCACGAAACCCACCCGCAACUCCCCGAACCCCACGCCACAAACCUCUUCUACACACACCAGCACGCCCUCCUCCGUCGUCUCAGUGCCUACAAGCAAUGGACCUACCUCGACCUGCGCCCGGACAUCGUCGUCGGGUUCGUGCCCAACAACAACGGGCACAGUCUCGCUCAGUGGAUUGCCCUGUACCUCAGUUUGUACCGGUAUAUCUAUGGGGAAGGUGCGGCGGUGGGGUUUCCCGGCACCUGGAAGAGCUAUUCCGCGCGCGCGCAGGAUAGUAGUCAGGAUUUGAUCGCUAGGUUUGGGAUAUGGGCUUCGCUGAGGCCCGGGAACGAGGUGGGUGGGGAGAGUUUUAAUAUCGCUGACGCCGACGCGGGAAAAGCCGCGCCGUGGAAGGACAAGUGGCCGGUGGUAUGCGAGUGGUUUGGAUUGCGCGGGGUUGGACCGGAGGAGGAGGGCGUUGGGGCUGGGUCUAAGGUGGAUAUCGUAGCCUUUUUGCGGGAGCAUGUCGCCGAACGGAAGACAAUGGAGAGGGAAUUCGGUCUGAACAGCGGGCAUGGCACGCCGGAAGAUGGGGCCAGUUUGCCGCAUACACCCGGUUUCUUGCAGGGCGGAUUCGACUUCGAUCGUCCGUUGGAUUUGGGCAAGGCGUAUCAGCUGUGGGAAGAUCGCAAGGAAGAGAGGGAUAUCAGAGGCACUUGGUGGACCGCGUUUGAAAGAUAUAGAAAGGCGAAGAUUAUCCCGUGA